AUGGUCUCUCUUCCUCCUCUCGAUCCCAACGCAUCUCCGCCUGCUGCGAGCCGCGCCUACGCCGGAGGCCGCACCCCGCCCGCUGCGAGCCGCGCCUACGCCGGUGGCCUUGCCUCCCGCCGCGCAGCUGCCCGCGCCCCGCCCGCCGCGAGCCGUGCCAUGCCGGUGGCCGCGCCUCCCACCGCGCAGCUGCCCGCACGCCGGAGGCCGCGCCCCGCCCGCCGCGAGCCGCGCCUACGCCGGUGGCCGCGCCUCCCGCCGCGAGCCGGCGCGCACGCAGUUGGCUGCGGCCCGCCCGCUGCCCGAGCUCCACCCGCCACGCAGCUGCUCGCACGCCGGAGGCCGCGCCCCGCCCGCUGCGAGCAACGCCUACGCCGGUGGCCGCGCCUCCCGCCGCGAGCCCACGCGCACCCUGUUGGCUGCAGCCCGCCCACUGCCCGAGCUGCCGCGCCGGUGGCCGCGCGCACGCCGUGGGGAUCCAGGAUCGAGAUGGCGGUGGGGAUUUGUACUGGCGGAGACAUCUCUACCAACUACUACACACCAAAAAUUCCUACAGAAGGAAAACCACAUGAAAAUUCCUGCAGAAGGAACACCAUAUGCAUGAAUGAUGAGCCAUGCGUCGCCUGCUUUACUUGA